AGUUGGCAAAUAAAAACUGAAUCUAAAUUCGCUGAAAGAGUUACUAUUAUAAACGAAUUUAGGCAAUUUAAUCACAUUAAGAAGGUCAUAAAACUAAUAAUGCGCUAAUCCACCGAGCGGUUAAUAAUCAUAAACGUGCGAAAUAAGUCUCUUUUAUUCCUUAUCAGAAUGACCAGUAAAAUCUUGAAAAUAUAAAAGCCAAAAAAUUGUAAAAUUCUAUUUCAGAGAUAUCAUAUCGACGUUGAUACCGAGGGGACUAACUUAAGGUCAAACUAACAGACUAGUGUCUUAUGAUUGUGAAAAAUAUUAAAAUAUAUAUUUUUUAAUCCUAUACUUACUUAUGAAAUAUAAUUAUAUAAUAUAUAAUAUAUAUAGUAACAUAUCUACACCCACAACUUCCCAACCACAACCACACACACUAUUGUAAACAAUCACACACACAUUAAUGUCUAAGUAUGAAAUGUAACAUGUCACAUGUCACAAUCAUGUCAGGAUUCUCAAAUUACUCCUAUUUUUCGGGAGCUCCUCUCUUAACGGGUGAAUAGACACCUCUCUUUUCGGGAGAAUAAACUUCGCUCUUAAGCUAUCCCAAUCCGCCUAUAUAAACCCAAACAUGUCCCCAUACAUGAGUUCUGUUCUGAGUACGUUAUCAAUCGCGAUAACACUGCUAAGCCCAAUUCAACUUCGAAGUCCAUUAUCCAACCUAGGGAUAAUCCAAAGGCUCUAGUUCUUUCUUUAUUGGGAAUAAUAAAAACGUUUAAUAAUACAUAAAAAACGUAACUGUGUUCUUUUUUAUUAAACUCUCGGUCUGAAUUCCUAAAUAUAUAGUAUAUAAUUAGGUUACAUAUUCUAUGAUACCGAUUAAAGGGUUAUAUUUUAUAGUUUUUGUUAAAAGCAACCGCAAAACGUAUAUAAAGCGAGUGAAUAUGAGUUUGGUAUUCAUAGGCAUGGAGAACGAUACAAGAAGCUUGGAGCGCUUAGUGGUCUUCGACUGCGACAUUGGAACGGACGACGCCUGGGCCUUGGCUCUCCUACUGCGUGGAGAGCAAUUGUCCUUGCCGAGUGGGAGGCGGUACAAGCUGAUUGCGAUUACUUGUGUACAGGGCAAUACGGAUGUGGUGAAUGGAGCCCAGAACGCCCUAAGAAUACUGCGAUUACUGGAGAGGCGUGAUGUGCCAGUUUUCAGGGGCUGUGCCCAUCCCAUUGUCACUCGGACAUGGUUGGACAUUUCCCGCUUCCACGGCACUGACGGCCUUAAUGACGUUGGCGGCUAUCCAGAUGUGAGUGAUCUGCAGGAGCAACUGCAGCAGGAGCACGCCGUGAAUGCCAUGUAUCGGCUGGUGUGCCAAUAUCCAAAACAAAUUGACUUUCUGCUUUGCGGGCCACUAACUAACUUUGCCAACUGCAUUAAUCUAUAUGGCGAUGAUUUUUUGGACAAAAUUGGUGGAAUAUACAUAAUGGGGGGAAAUAUCUUUGGCCGUGGAAAUAUUAUGAAGUGUGCAGAGUUCAAUUUCGUGAUGGAUCCGGAGGCGGCGCAUACAACAUUGGAGCGUUUGAAGGUGCCAGCUGUUGUUCUACCCUGGGAACCCAGCAUUGAUGACGACUUCAAACUGUCACUCGACUGGCGGCUGGAUGUCUUGGGCUCUGUAGACCAUCCUUUUGUCAAGCUUUUGUCCAGGGUGGAGCGAUCCAUGCUAGUGCCACGUGGGAUAAAGCACUGGAUUAAUCCCGAUGCCGCUCUUGCAGCAGCCUAUAUCUUCCCAAAGGCGAUGAUUGCCGAGCAGUUGGAUUACCAUGCCACAGUGGAGUUGGCCGGAGUCCACACCCGUGGCCAGAUGGUCCUGGAUCAUCUGCGAGGUCGCCGUGUGGAUGCUAUCCAUGGGAAAAAGAGCAAUGUGCGGAUCAUAACACAUCUCAAUAGAGAACCAUUUCGCACUAUUAUGUCCUGGACGGGAUUCCUUCCGGGUGUAGAUAUCACAGAGCUCUGCGAGCAGGAACAUCCUAAUAAUCUUUAAGAUACAAUUAUUUGCUUUUUGAAUGA